AUCGAUGAUUGCCAGUGUGUGAAUGAAAUCAAAGUCAGUCAUGCCGCACUAUCUCUCAACAGCUUGACUGAUCGAUCGAUCGGCCACUGAGAGAUGCCAACUCCCGUCAGUACGAUCCCAAAUAUCAGAGAUGCUCUUAGAGCGAUGUUCCGUAGUGGAUUGACCCGCCCCAUAGCAUGGCGUCAGCACCAGCUAUACCAGCUUGCACACAUGGCGCAGAAUGAACAGGAGCUCAUUUGCGGUGCCCUGCACAAGGACCUUGGAAAGCCAAAAACAGAAGUCCUCAUGGCUGAAGUAGGCGCUCUCAUUCAGAUAGCUGUGAAGAGUGCAGAGCAGCUCCCAGAGUGGGCCAAGACUGAAUAUCCUGAGGUGCCUGAUUGGCAGAAGUCAUGGAAGCCAACGCUCCACAAGGCCCCGAGGGGGACCGUGCUGAUGAUCUCGUGAGACAGAAGAUGCUAUCUACAUUCCACUUCCUGACAUCGCGCUUGAACAGGCCAUGGAACUACCCUAUGAUACUCACUUUCCAACCUCUCAUUGGC